AUGAUGGAUAUCGGUGCCAAGCGACCGCUGUCAGACAUUGAAAACGUCCCGCUCCAACAUCCGAUGCCACACCUCCCCGUCAUCGUACCUCCUCAAUCACCGCCAGCACAGAGCAGCCCUGGCUCCAUGACCGAUGCGGGCAGCAGCACUCCGGCGAGAAACUCACCCUCACCAAAUCUCACACCCACGCGACCUCAAGCCUCAACGGGAACCCCGGCUCAGCCUCAACAGCAACACCUAACGCCUUCCCAAUUGCAGAUAUCCAUCCCAGCAGCCAAUUCGUCACAGCCCGAUGCCGCGUCCGGCCAACCUCCGGCCAAGAGGAAGAAGCUCACGCAGGCUGAGAAGGACGAAAAGGCCAAGGCCGAUGCAGCGAAGAAGCAAGAGCGGGACCAGGCCAAAGCUGCACGAGAUGCAGAGAAGGCACGAAUAGAGGCGGAGAAGAAGGCGCGUGCGGAGGAGCGGGAGAAGAAGCGCAAGGAAAAAGAGGAGGAAGAUCGCAAGAAGAACGAAGAGAAGGAGCGGAAACGGCGUGAAAAGGAAGAAGAGGAGAGGAAGAUCCAGGAGGCCAAGGACAAGAAGGAACGCAGUCAGAUGAGGCUUAACUCGUUUUUCAAGACUGGUCCUUCGACACCAGCCAAAAAGGCCAACGAGACCCUUCAGAACGGCAGUCCAGUCAAGACACCGCAAAAAGCAAAGGCUGACGAGGUUUCCGAGUACGAAAAAUUGUUUCAGCCCUUUUUCGUCAAAGACCAGGUCAGCCUAGGCCGGGGCGGGUUUGUCAUGGAUGAUGAGACGAAGGAGGCUAAGUCACGAAUUCUUGACGAGCACAUUAGCGAAAAGCGAGGCCUAUUCACUACCACCAAAUUCACCUCUAGCUCCACCGUCGACUACUUCCACCUUCCUUCCCUCCCACCCCGCCGAGGCAGACAAUAUCCGUCGGUUCGCAAGAUCGUUGCCGCCAUGUCCGACAUGGGAACUUCUUCAAUGAUGCCAGUGGAUCUGACAACCGAGUCUCAUAACGCGCAGAUCAAGAUGGCGCGCGAGUUGCUCAAGAGGGUGCCUAUGAAGUUUCUCAGCUUCAGGGAGGACGUCCGACCGCCUUAUUGUGGCACAGUCACCAGUGUCCCUCCCCAUGCCAGUCUUAACAAGCUGGCAAGGAAUCCGAUGUCUAAGCAAGUCCUGCCGCUCAACUACGAAUAUGACUCCGAAGCGGAAUGGGUCGACGACGGUGAUGGAGAAGAUGUCGAUCUGCUCGAUGACGACGAUGAAGAUCUCGAUGAUGAUGAAGAGAUGGGCGACUUCCUGGACGACGAGAACGAUCAGGGCCCUCUGCGGCACGCCUUCAUGUCAGGCAUGGAACCUGAGAGUACGGGCUUGUGCUGGGAGAACCAGAAGCGGCUUGGUCCUCUGCCACACAUGUACAAGUUCCGCACCGAAUUCAUACUGGAUACUCUACAACAUCAUUCUGGAAUUGACCCGUUCUCUACCAAGUACUGGGAACCGGAGGUGCCAAAGUCGAAAGCCACGGCUAACGACCAGGCAAAUCAUACUAUAUCAACGGACACCUCGAAGCCCAUGGCUCCACCGCCGAAUCGAACCGAUGCCUUUGCUGCUCUCACAUCGGGAUCGUCCAAGCCGGAUCCCAAGACGGCACAGAUUCCACCUGAAAUGGUCCAGGAUUUCAAGGAGACGAUUCUCAAAUACGAGAAGCUUAGCAAGGUCGGCCUCGUGGAAAUCCUCAGCACUGAAUUCCCCAAGUGCACAAAGAUACAGAUCAAGAACUCGGUGGAAUCGCUGGCAGAGCGCGUGGGCAAGGGCCCAAAGUUGUGGAAGCUGAAGGCUUGA